AUGGCCGACAACCCGUCUAAGUCGAAGGAACAGCAGGAUCGGAAGGCUAAGGGCGAAGUUACUAAUAAUAUCAUUGAUAACCCCGAGAUGGCCGCCCUUGUACAGGAGACGGGCAGGUCGUCCCAGCGAAAGAGAAAGGAGAAUAAGGAGGCAAAGGAGAAAAGAGAGAAAGAGAGCGGAAGCUCGGUCCCUUAA